CUCAGCUUCAUUGCCAAGAGCUUCAACAUCAUGGCACUCGAAAGCACGAAUGGAGACCGAGAAUUACCGACUAAGACUUCGGAGGCUCACAUCUCGCUUGUGGUGGUCCUGUUUGUGUGUUCUGUACUUAUUCUCGUGGAAAACUCGUUUACGAUCGUAAGCAUCUUCCAAUUCACCCGAAGAAAAAACACAUUCACUUUGCUAAUCGCGUCUCUCUCGUUAACGGAAGUUUUCAAUGUGUUCGGACCCAACGGAAUUGCCUUGUAUGCAAUUAUGAACAAUGGCAGGGACUUAAAUAAUUUUUUCACCCUGUGCAGAGUUCAAGCCUGGCUGGUGGUGUUCUUUCGCAUUGCAGCAACUAUACUCGUCUUCGUCUUAAAUUUAGACAGAGUUUUUAUGACAAUUUCCCCACAAUUUUACCAUAAACAUUGGAAAGGAAAAUUGUCUAUCAUAUUUUUCUUUGGCAUUUGGAUCUGUGCCACUUUUCUUGCAACGUGGCCUCUAUUAUGGCUCGAGGGUUUUCAAGUUUCCAGCGAUUCCGGAGGGGUGUUUUGUUUAUUCCCCUAUGAAAGCACCUUCGCGGAGUUUUUUGUUUUGUUUCACGUGUUAUUGUUGGUGAUAAGCUGUUUUUGCUUUUAUGCAAUAUUUGGCAUGGCUAGCAAAAAAUCUUUCGAUACGAAGGAUGCAAAACAGGAGAACAUGGAUAUUUCCUCAAGACAGCUCAUUGCAGAAAGAGAUAUUUUUGCUAGCUCUAAAGAGCUUUCUCGCCUGGUUACAUUGGUAACUGUAAUUUAUUUUUGUUCGCUUCUUCCUUGGAUGGUAGCUUUAAGUCUUGGUAUUUAUUCAAUCGAAUAUCCGUCGCUUUUUGGAUUGUGUGCGAUCCAGUUACCGAUGGUCAGCGGUUUACUGAACCCUGUGUUAUAUGGGAUCUGUUGGCCCCCUUUCAGACGAGCUUACAUCCGCGCCCUCAAGUGGCCUGGGGCGAAAUGUUGUAACCAGCAGAGUUCUUCACGCGCACGGUCUCACACUCUAAACACUACCUCAGGUACAAAUCACGGCAGCUUCUGGUUAUCGGAUAGCUUGGUAGACGAGGACGCCGAACAAGAGAAUGCAUUUCAAAUUCUGUUUGGUCCCACUUCAUACAUUAAGCCUCUCGACUUUAAUCCAGAAGAACUGGAAAUGUUUGAGCAAGAUUCGCAAAUGUGUGCUUCUUCGAAUAAUAAUGGAAGUGUCUCUCAACACUUGAAAGCUACAAUCUGGAGAGAGACUGGAAACCAUUUCCAAAACAUUUUGGAUCUCAUUGAUGCGAUGACAGACGGAAGUCGACAAAAAGUUAUUGAAAAGGGACCGGGGAGAGAAAACAAGUACUCUAACAGCACGCAUACACGGUCAGCUGACAACAGCAAUAACGGGAUUUCCCGUCAUAGUACUGGCCUUGAAUUAUCGUUUCGCCAUCCAAAUUCCUCGCUAAUCCCUGGCUUGGAUUAUUGCAGAAAGUACAGCAAUGGUUCUGCAGACUGUUCUUGCCUCGGAAAAACAAGAUGCUACAUAGUGGAGAAAAAAAAUCGGGAACUGGACUUUCUAGUGUCUAGAGAUUUGGUGGAGGGUGCCAGUUCUGGAGAAUCUGUGAGAAUUGAGAUCUGAACUUGUUGGCACAAGAACGUCCAUUGUUAUCAAGGCAUUAAACAGUACUAUGGGAUUUUCUACGAACAAUUAAGAGGGCCAGGAAAGUCUUGUCUUACGAACUUACUCUUCCAAAAAAAUUGCUAACGAGUGUUAACGGGGUACCUACCCCUCAGUAGCUGCAGUUGAUGCAUAUCUGAUUGAAAAGAUUAUGCUUUAAAGACAAUCAUUUAUGUUACGUGAAGAGUACGAAGAAUCUCUCCUUUUCGGCAAAGCCCGACGCGCAGUAAAAAAAUGCGAAAAAUUAUUUGAUUUUACUCUGAAAGUACUACUUUUCACGCGCUUCACUUCCAGAGUUCUGCGCGGCGCAUUAACGUCGAAUUUUUUUCGCUUAUUUUUUUGGACUCCUGCAACGGACCACGUAAAAAGUGAGGAACUGCACGUAGUCCUCAUUUCU